GGUCCGACUGUAGGCGUCGACGUUGCCACCGCCGCAGCCACAUCUUCGGCAUCCUCCUCUUCUUCCUCUUCGUCCUCAGCCUCUUCAUCCUCAGCCUUAUCCUCUUCCUCUUCUUCCUCCUCUUCCUCUUCUUCCUCACCAUCCUCUUCUUCUUCACUCUCCUCCUCCUCCUCAUCCUCUUCUUCACCCUCUUCCGCCUCUUCCGUCUCGUCACGUUUCGACCAGACGGCCAACCAGCGGCAACGUCAACUCUGUACGGACGUCUGUACCGGCGAUGAGGUGCAGACCAACUUUAGGGCUGUUACUGCUUCGGUCCGGAGCAACAGCAACAGCAACAGUAACAGCAACAGCAACGAGGCGUCGUUCGAGGCUCGACCGUCCGGACAGGCUGUGGCUGAUGGAGGUCAGGACGAAAUGGAAAGUACGUUUGUCGUCAAUCGGGAGGCCUCCUCGGCCAAAGGAUUGCGCCUUUCGGAUCUGGUGAGUCCAGUGGCAGAUCGUGUUGGUUUUUCUGCUGAUGUUGGUGAUGGUGGCAAUUGUACUAAUGCUGGUGUCGGUGGUAGUAUUAGUGUUGGUGGCAGGGGUGAUGGUGUUUGUUGUGUGAGUGAGGAUUAUGUUGGCGAUGAUGGUAGCAGUGGUAGUAAUGCUGCUGACAGUUAUGGUGUUGGUAGUAGCAGGGGUGAUGGGGUUGGCGGUUGUGGUGGCGGGAAUGAUGAUAGUGUUGUUAUUGAUAGGGUCUUUGAUGGUAUUCUGGAUGCAGGGUUGUUGUUAUCGUAUAGCGGAGGGUAA